AUGUCGGCCAUUCCCCGCUCGCUCCUAUCUAUGAGGAGGAUAGAACUCGGUGCAAACCCCUGGCAGUGUGACUCUACAGUAACGGUCAGUGGUGAUAAUCAGUAUGAAGAUGUUGACAAACAUCGUGAUGAGACAGGGCAAGGUGAGUCUCAAGCUAUCAGUGAAUCAAACAAAAACACCACAGCUACAGUAAUGACCAGUGGUGAUGAUCAGACAGGGCAGAGACAGGGCCAGUCCCAGGCCAUUACUGAAUCCAACACAAACACAACAGCUACUGUAAUGACCAGUGGUCAUGAUCAGACAGGGCAGGGCCAGUCCCAGGCAACCACUGAGUUCAACACAAACCCAACCGUAACUGCAAUAACCAGUGGUGGUGAUCAGACAGGGCAGUGUCAAUCACAGGCCAUCAUUGAAUCAAAUACAGCUACUGUAAUGACCAGUGGUCAUGAUCAGAGUGGACCGGGCCAGUCCCAGGCUAUCACUGAAUGCAACACAAACACAGCAGCUACUGUAAUGACCAGUGGUCAUGAUCAGAGUGGACCGGGCCAGUCCCAGGCUAUCACUGAAUCCAACACAAACACAGAAGCUACUGUAAUGACCAGUGGUCAUGAUCAGAGAGGGCAGGGUCAGUCCCCGGCUAUCACUGAAUCACACACAAACACAACAGCUACUGUAAUGACGAUUGGUGGUGAUCAGACAGGGCAUUGUCAAUCACAGGCCAUCACUGAGUCAUUGGGUGCUAGAAAUACAUCUUUUGCAUAUGGCACAGAACGGACUGCCUUACAGCAAAGUUCUUUAUACAAAGCUUUGACCCAGCCUCAGGCCAUUACAAAUACAGCUACUAGUGGACUGGGCCAGUCCUAG